CCAGAACUACCAUCAUCGAUCAGGUGCCCUCGACUGCACUCAGGGCGGCGUCUGGCGGUAAAGGCGAGUCGUCCCUCCUUUUCGCCUUCGAGCGUCAGAGUCGAGGGGUUACGGUGCGCCGCCGCAACCAAGCCUGCGUGGUAAACCGCGUACAAUGGCGUCAUGGGCAGACGCCACAAUGUUGCAAGACCAAGGGCAGACGGAUUUUGCUUCGCAGACGGCCGCUGCGCAUUUGGAUGCGCUGCUGAAGCAGACAGAAUCGGAACUUGGCGCUCCUGCUGAAAAGCUGAGAGAGGAGGGAGCAGGUACACGACGGGAAGUAGGAAGCAGCAGAGAUGGCGAAAGGCAAGACAGCAUCGAGAGUGGGGGAAACGACGAGGGGAAAUCAGGCGGUGAUGAAGGCGACGAGGACGAUGAGGCCGAAGACGACGAUGACGACGAUGAUGAUGAUGACGACGAUGAGGACGACGAUGACGAAGACGAGGAAUCUGGUGUUGACUCCGGGGUCGACGAGAAGCUUCUGUUCGACGAAAAGUUCCUUGCUCAACUUGGCUUUUACGCCGGUGCGAAUGGCAAUCAGCCAAUGCAAUCGACUUCUCUCGCUUCUGCACAAGCGUCCACGCAAGCGGAGACUGGAUUCGGUGCGCUUCCGCAACAUCAAUUGCAGAAGCAGACAGCUGGUACACCAUCAUCGUCAUCAUUGCCACAGUCAGCGCCCACUCCAUCGGACGAGUUUUAUGAUGGCGCCAUCAACUUCUUGACAGAGGUCCUGGGUUCGUCGGACCCUUCCAUCUGGGACAAGGGAGGCGACACCCCCUGGCAGUCGGCCAAUACUCCUGCCGCUCUUCCGGCUGCGGCCAGUCCGGCUCAUCCAUCCUCAGUGUCGCAAUCGGAAGAGAAUGUAAAGAGCCGUUUCAAGGCUCUUCAGCCCCUGAUCAACAACCUCAUCGCCCGUCUCAAGGGCGAACCAACCGCGCCCGAAAGCAAGCCAACUGCAUUGCUCGAGGAUGACAUGGUCAUGCUGCUCCAGACGCUCAUGGCCCAGAGGCAAGCCCAGCAAGCUCGACGCGAUCAAUACCGCGAAGAGCAAGAGCAGGAGAGACUGAAGGAGAAGGAGAGGGAAUUGCAAAGAGAUCAAGCGCAAGAAGAGCUCAAGAAAGGUCUCAACAACGUCAGCGCUUGGCCAUCAACAUCCAACAAGAAGACAUCUGAGGCCGUCGCUGCGCCCCUGCUCGGUGCACAAUCUUCUAGCACGAGUCUAGGAGCUCUCGGCAACACCACCAACAACAAUGCUGGCUUCUCCAUCGUCGACUUUGACUUCGGUGAUGACGAAGAUGACCCCGAUUUUGACCCUUCCAAGAUGGGCCUCGUCGAUUUCCAGAACCUCGACUUUGCGAAUGCCUUCUCAUCGGCUAACACGCCCAGCCUCGGAGGGACUGCCAUGGUCAACCAAAGUCUUGGUGGUACUGACACAGAAAACGCGAGUUUUGGCAAGACAGAAGGCUCAGGAGAGGAUGCCUGGCAACAGCUCAUGAUGCUAAGUCAGGGCAAUAGUAGCAGCAGCAACAACGAGAACAACGCUACGCUAUCUGCAUCUGCAAGAGCAGGCAACGGGGGCCGAGUCAACUUGUCGACCAACGAUCACACGGCCCGAGCCCUGGAGCAGGCACCGGACACCUCUGCGGCAGGAUCUCGAUCCUCAUCAGCCGAGGUGCCUAAAGGUCGAUUCACAUACAGCAGGGAGGAAGCGGCGGAGAGGCGGCGGGAAAGCAAUCGUGAAUGCGCACGCCGACAGAGGGCUCGAAAGAAGGAGGAACAAGAAGAGAUGAAGCGGCAGCUCGAGCUUGCGAAGCAGGGAUCGCCGAGCAUCACCGAGAACAUCGAACUUCCUCCCAAGAGGAAGCCAGGACGCCCUCGCGGUAGCAAGGCAAGGCAACGGGACACCUCAGCAGACUCGUCCGCCACUGCCCCUAAAUCAGCUCCAGACUCCAUGUCCGCAGCUGAGGUCGCCGACCUCAGGGCCGACAACAGGAUGAUACGCGCCGAGCUGACGCGAUUGCGGGAGGAGAAUGCUCAGCUGAGGGCACAGGUCAUGCGUUGGGAGGACGAAAGAGCAGAGGCUGCCAUAGGAGGAUCAACGAGGCGUGAGCGAGGCCGAGAGCGACCAUCACACCAAGGCAAGAGAGGUGUUGCCGGCUUGUUUCAAUGGGACGGUGGCCGUUCUCUGGCCUCACCGCCUCGUCGAAGACGGGAAGAGGAAGAUGACGACGAGUAUUUUUCAGAAGACGAAGAAAGAUGGGAGCGAUGGGCCCAGACAAGGGCGACACGACCCGCGGGAGCAAAGAGGGCUGACAGGUCAGGAGGAGGGCCGCCGCUGUCAAAGCGUCCACGUCACAACGAUUCGGACGGCCUCUCGCUCAACCAUCUCCUAGCAUCGAAAGACGGACGGGCUCUGGAGGCACUCUUGCAAGUAGCGCAGGGAGCCAGCAGCAGCUCUGCUCACACCUAAGCCUCACUUCAUCGCACUGUAUAUUACCACCAUUUCCCAUGUAAUGCUCUAUCUUCACCGG